AUGGUUUACUACGGCGCCGCCUCGCGUGCCAACAAUGGACGUGCCGGCAACGCAGCAACGGCCGGCGAUGACUCUGACGAUGAAAUGUCCAACUCCGCGACCACGGGGUACGCGACGUGGGCGGCCAAUCAAGGAGAAGACGAGGACGUUGGCGAGGCGUCAGAAGGUGCCCCAACCGAACUCGUCGAUGAGGACGCGGAGGCGGCGCGAGCGAUGCAGCGCCCAGUCACGGAGCUGAGCCAUGCUGCACCAGUGACUCCCGCCGUCACCCCGCCAGGCGGACGUGGCCCCACCGUGGCCGCGACUGGGGGCGUAAACGUCCCUGCUGCUGCGCCUGCACCAGCCCCAGCCAUGAACGCGGCAAUGGCUGCUCGCCUUCGCGCCCGCGAGCUGGAGAUAGUCGAGCUCAACACCCGUCUCCGUGAGGCACGCCGUACGGCCACCAACAACGUCGUGGAAGGGGAUGCUGACAUCCAAGGUCAGCGCAACACGGCGCCAGCCACCAGCCGCCAGCGCAACAGGGCGCCAGCAACGACUCGCCAGCGCGAGAGCAACCCGACUGUCGACCAACGUGGCGCGGAGCCGCAGCAUGAGCGCGUGCGCACACCAUUCGUGGCCCAGGCCCUCGCUAGGGAGAUUGCAAUCGUGCGUGGCAGGCAUGGCCCUCCUACCGAGCAGCUGGUGAUAUGGGCGGACAAUCUCGAAAUCGCGAACAAGGUCAUCCCUGGGCUCUUGAAUGGCCUGAAGGACGCAGUUGGGGAGGGGAUUGUGCUGCUCGUUUACGCCACGCGUGUUGGGCGCAUGUCAUUCUGGCCGUCCCCGCUACUCAUCGAAGCCACGAUGGCUCGUGCUCUUCGACUCCGCACAAGGGCACAGCGUCAACAGCUUCACCUAGUGUGGACCAACGACGCGUCUCGGUCGGGGUGGUUCAUUCGCAAGAUGCAGGUGUUUCGUAACACUCGCUGGGAGCAGGGAAGGGCGUAUGUCUACGUACUCAACGGGUUGCCCUACGAACCCCCGGCCUUCUCUCGGGUGGCGGUGCCUGCGGACAUGGCUGCUAACGGGGUCCCACAAGUCUCCCGCCAGGACUUCGUAGGCCGUCAUCGCGCAGGUAGUAACUACUACGUGACGUACGCAGCUGCUAACAUCGCGCGUUUUGGGGUAUCUGAUGGGCCUGGCACGUUUCAGCUGCUCGCAUGGCAUGUUCACAACGGCCUACCCUUCGCGGCCGACUCAUUUGAGAGGGGUAUCUACAAGUCUUUCCGCCGCGCCAGCCCUCCCCCUCUCGUCCUGCGGACCUAUGUCAUAGCCUUCUGGCUUUACGGGGUGGAGUAUCCGCUGAUCAACGGCACACAGAUGCCACGGUCGGCGCCGCGGAACGAGGAGGCGGUGCGCUGGUACCACGAUCGCGUGGUCGAGUGGGCCCGUCGGAGCAUUAUGGCGAGCACUGCGGCUACUGGGCCGUGGUGGGACCCUAAUGCCCGUGCGUGGGCAUUUCGCCAGGGCAGCUCUGUCAUUAUCUCCGAGGACGGGCUGGAGGACAUUUCACCGCUGGCUCCACCCCUUCACCCGUUUCCGGCCCCCGCGGUCGCAGAUGAUGGCGACAAUGACGAGCCCGAUACCUAG